AUGACGACAGAGACGUUCCCUAGCAACAACCUCACGUGGCAGAUUCUAGCAGCAGCGCAAAAGGGGGGAUAUGCUGUGGGAGCUUACAACUGUUAUAACAACGAUGGUGUAAUGGCAGUUAUCCGUGCUGCAGAGCGUAAGAGGUCGCCUGCCAUUAUCCAGGUCUUCCCGUGGACACUUCACUUUCAAGGACGCCACUUCAUUGAUUACAUUGUUGCCGCGGCACAUGCAGCAAGUGUACCAAUUGCGGUACACCUGGACCACUGCAUUAAGGAGUCAGAUGUGGAACUUGCCUUAACCCUGCCCUUCGACUCCAUCAUGGUGGAUGCGUCGACUUCAGACCCAGACCGAAAUAUCAAGGUGUGCGCAGACUAUGCGGCGCGUGCCACUCAGCGAGGUAUCACGGUUGAGGCUGAGUUGGGCAGGAUUGAAGGCGGAGAAGACGGUCUGGCUAUGGUAGACAUGGAAACCUUGCUCACCGAGCCAUCGGACGCAGCCGCGUUCUCGCAGAAGACCGGUGUGCACUUCUUAGCCCCAUCGUUCGGCAACGUGCAUGGCCCUUACCCGGAAGGUGGUGCAGAGAAAUUUUGGCAGUUGGACCGAUUAGAAACUAUCGGGAAAGCUACGGGCCUCCCUCUUGUCUUACACGGUACUCAUCCAGUAUCUGACGGGCUGUUUAGGAAAGCCAUAUCUCGUGGUGUCGUCAAGAUCAAUCUCAACCGGGCCGUAAGAGACGAGUACACGAAGUUUGUGGCAUCUCAUGCGGGUUCACUUGAGUUAACUGAACUCAAAGAGGAAUCGGUUGAGAUAUAUGCCCGAUCCAUCGAACGAAUGAUGGAUGAAGUCCUUGGCUCCUCUGGGCGAGCUUGA